AUAAAUAAAUAAUAAAUACAAAGACAGUGCUAACCGAUCGUUACUUUUUAUAUAUGGCAUUGUUAUAUUUUCAUAUUUUUAUAUUCAAUAAUAACAUUAAAGCAGUUUCAAUUUACUACGAUAUCAUACUGUUAAUAAUAAAACUGGAAGCUGCUCAGUAUCAGCAACUUCUUAUGGAUGAAACGUCUAUCAUUACACAAGUACAAAGAGAGGAAUGCGAAAUUUUAAAUCCACAUGGAAAUCAUGUUUCAACAUUAAACGAAAGUGAAUUAAUUCCGUCCUAUAAAAAACGCAAACAUCGUGGAAUAAUAUCAACUAUAUUCUGUUGCUUCCACUCAAAAAAAACAUUAAAGCCAUUUAAAAAAAAAACAAUUCAAGUGACACAAGCAAGUAUCAACAAUACGGCGGCAAUAAUAACACAGCAACAACCAAAUAACAAUGACACUGCAUAUUGUAAAUGUGAGGAUGAUGUAAAAGAUGAAGAACUAAAAGAAUCAUCUACAAUUGAAUCAUUUUAUCUUCUUCCUGCUCUUACUCGACAAGAUCAAAAUAAAAAAUGUGUUGUUAUUGAUCUAGAUGAAACGCUUGUUCAUAGUUCGUUUAAGCCAGUUGAAAAUGCAGACUUUAUUGUUCCUGUAGAAAUUGAUGGUAUUGUUCACCAAGUAUAUGUAUUAAAAAGACCAUUUGUAGACAAGUUUUUAAAAAGAAUGGGAGAGUUAUUUGAAUGUGUAUUAUUUACUGCCAGCUUAGCAAAGUAUGCAGAUCCUGUUGCUGACUUGCUGGAUAAAACUACAUGUUUUCGAUCACGUUUAUUUAGAGAAUCUUGUGUUUAUUACAAAGGAAAUUAUGUAAAGGAUUUGAGCAAACUAGGCCGUGAUCUCCAUAACGUCAUCAUUAUAGACAAUUCACCAGCAUCAUAUAUAUUUCAUCCUGAAAAUGCUGUUCCUGUUACCUCAUGGUUUGAUGAUCAAGAUGAUACCGAAUUGAUGGAUUUAAUACCUUUUCUUGAGUCAAUAAGUUCUGCUGAAAGUUGUGUUACGGCUCUUCAGAAUAAUUUUGGACGUCAUAAAAAUAUUCCCAUUUUCUCUUCAAAUAGCGUAGAUAGUUGAUUUAACGGUUUGUCGGCGACUAUUGAUAGUUGUCGGUGACUAUUGAUGGUUGAUGUUAACUUAUUUUAGAAAAACAUUGUAUUUAGUUGCUAUUUUAUAAGUUUUCAGGUAAGAUUGUAGAAAAUAGAAAAAUUGCAGGAAACGAAGUUUUAGAGUUUUAAAUUUUUUAUUUUUGUAGCUUUUUUCUUGUAUUUGAUAAUAAUUUGAUAUUAUUAAUUUGAUAUUAUGUAUAAAUUAUUUACAGUUUUUCUUACGAAUUUAUUCUGAAUUUUUUACAAUUUUAUCUAUUUUAUCGUUUUUGUCUUACACGUAAUGUUUCAUUAAACGAAUGAAAUUUUAUUCAAAUCUGCAGUUUAAAUUAAAGUAAUUAUCACAGAGCAAAGAUGUCAUAGUUAUGUGCCAUAUUUUUUAUAAUGUAUUUAAAAGAUAUAUUUGCAGGUUUUACAGGUUUAUUUGCAGCUUUACCUUUGUAAACUUAACUUAAACUUUUUUUAUAAAGUCUUUUGAGAUUGCAUUAGUAAUUUUAAAAAUAAUAUUUUGGUUAUGAUUGGAUAAUUUUUCAAUUGAGCUUUAAAAGCUUCUCGACCUUUUUAAUAAUUGUUGAAUUUUUUUAACAAACUUUUUAAAAAGCUGCUCGACCUUUUUAAGCUUUGUGUUUACUUUGUAAAUAUCACGAAAAAUUUUUUAUUUUUUAAUAAUCUAUUUUCUAAUUUUAAAAAUUUUCUGCUAUAUGUACAUUUUUUAAAAUAAAAAUUCAGAGAGUGUUGUAUUGCAGAA